AUGGUCGCUCCACACCGCAAGAAGUCCGUCGUUCAUAAUCAUGACCACUCGGUGAGCACUUCUUGUUUUUCUGAGAGACUCUGAAGGUUUCAGCACGAGCACACUCCCCAAAAGAGCCACCAUGCUCGCGUGAAAGCGACGGAGAGAAAGAGAACUGCGAGCAUCAGCAAUGAGGACGGAAUGGAGUACAACAAGAGAGUUCGGAAGCUUCACAAGACAUUCCUGCAGCAGACGGACCCGACACACCAGGAGGAGGAGAGGCAGAACUCUGGAUCUAACAGCGACAGUAAGUGCAUUUAUUUAAACAUUUGAGAUGAAUAGUUUCCAGCUGAGCUGCCAAUUCUGGAUCCUGAUUGCGACCCCGAGAAUCCGAAGAAAGUUACUUUCUCCGAGAUUUCAAGUGCCGCUUUCAACAUCAAAAACGGAGUUCAGAGGACGCCGUGCGUGGUAGGAAUACUUGAAUUCAGCAGAAUUGAACAAAGUUGCUUUGCAGAGAUCCCUUCAACUUUCCACCAAGUUCGAAAUGGACUUGUUCUUUAAGAAAGAGUACCUGCAAGUGACAGGAUCCUUCAAAGAACGAGGAGCUCGUUACGCUCUGUCGAAACUGAGCGCUGAGCUCAGAAGGAAAGGAGUGAUUGCUGCCAGUGCCGGAAAUCAUGCUCUGGCCCUCAGUUAUCACGGACAGCAGAUGAACGUCCCCGUGACGGUGGUGAUGCCUGUGAUCGCUCCGCUCAUGAAGAUCCAGUUCUGCAGAAGUCUCGGAGCAACUGUCAUUCUGAAGGGAGAGAGCAUCGCGGUGGUAAGAGCUCAACGGAACAAAGAUUGUGAUCAAUGUGGUGGUUGUAGGCAAAGGAAUUUGCGCUCCGACAUGCGAAAGAGAACAAUCUGAAGUACAUUAAUGGUUAUGAUGCAAUUGAUAUUCUCGCGGGGCAAGGUACUAUCGGACUGGAGAUUCUGGAACAGGUUCCCGACGUGGACACCAUUCUGGUGCCAGUUGGAGGGGGAGGACUCAUUGCAGGAAUAGCAGUAGCCGUGAAGACCCUCAAGCCGGACGUGCUAAUUUAUGUGAGUGCAGUCUACUGAAUCAUCCAGAUGUUGAAUGUGUUUUUAGGGAAUCGAGGCAGAAACAUGCCCAUCGUUCACUGAAGCUUAUGAAGCUGGGCACGUAGUUUCGGCGAUCACAAAGGCGUCCCUGGCUGACGGUCUGGCUGUCCCGACCGUCGGAGGAAACUCGUUGGAGACAGCGAAAGGCUUGAUUGAUAAGGUUUGCAGACGAUAAACGGGUCAGAUAAGAAAAUAACGAUCGCAGGUUAUCACUGUCAAAGAAGAGAGUAUCGCUUUGAGUAUUCUGAGACUGUUGGAGGUCGAGAAGGCGGUUGUGGAAGGUGGGGCGCGGUCGGAUUGGCGGCGAUCCUCGAGGGAAAGGUGCCCGAACUAAAGGGCAAGAAGGUGGUCUCGAUCCUCUCCGGAGGGAACAUCGACACGACUGUGCUCGGAAGAUCCAUCGAGAGGGGAUUGGCUGUGGACGGAAGACUCGUCCGAUUGGAGGUCGUCGUCUCGGACAGGCCGGGUGGAAUCGCCGAAUUGACGACGACGAUCGCUCAUUUGGGAGCUUCUAUCAAGGAUAUUUUCCACGAAAGAGCAUGGAUCUCCACGGAUGUGUUCCACGUGAAAGUGAAGGUUGUAGCUGAGACCCGCGGAAAGGAACACGUGGAGGAGAUCGAGACUGCGUUGAAGAAGAUUUACGAUAAUGUUAAACUUCAUUGA